UAUGUCGAUUUCUUUAAUAUUAUGCCUUGUUUUUAUAUAUGUGUCUUUUAAUACAAUUGAAUUAUGCUUUAUUGGCAAUCAUGUUUAAAUUUUAUGAUAAUAAAAAGUUCCAUUUCAGAAAAUAUAAAAUAUAUCGAUUAAUAACAUGUCGGUGGAACGUACUCCUUUAGAAUAUUUGAUAGGAGGAGCAGUUGGAGGUUUUUGUGUGGCAGUUGUUGGUCAUCCGUUUGAUACCAUUAAAGUUCGAUUACAAAUGGAACAAAAAGGAAAUAAAAAUAUGUAUCAUUUACUUAGAAAUUUCUUUAUAAAAGAAGGACCUUUGAGUUUAUACAAGGGUAUAUCAGCACCUUUGAUAACUGUCAUUCCAUUAUCGGCUAUGGGCUUCUUUUCUUAUGGUGCUGGCAAAUUACUUGUUUCUAAGCCAGAUCAAACAAAAUUCACGGACAUACAAUUAUUAUUGUCAGGAAUGUUCAGCGGAGCAUGCUCGUCAUUUAUAGCAGCGCCAAGCGAACGUAUAAAGUGUCUUCUUCAAGCACAAAGGGAUAUAGGAACGAAGAGGCAGUACAAAGGUUUCAUGGAUUGUAUGAAAAAAUUAUAUCAUGAAGGUGGAAUACGAAAUAUUUAUUUAGGUACCUGUGUUACUUUGUUACGAGAUGUACCAUCCUGCGGCACAUACUUUUAUACUUAUGAACGACUCAUGGGAAUUCUUCUAAACUCCUCUGAAGAAGUAAGCAAUAAUUUAAUGUAAAAACUUGGCCAAUUCAAAUGUUACGGUUUCUUAUCAUUGAAACUUUUAUAAAUAUCGAUUAUUAAUUUUAUCAUUAUUUUUAUUAAGUGAAACAUAUUGGUAAUACUUUAUUUCACUCAUCUUAUGUAUACAUUCAUAUA